GCGAGGCCUGUGCGGCAACAAACGACUAUCUCCGCCUGACGGACGGCCAGCUGAUACAGUGGAUGCGACCCAGCGUCACCAGGGACAUGCAGAACCGCACCAUUCGGCUCGGCGUGAAGGAGAUGCCGACUGCCGCCUAUCUGAACUCGACACAGCAGCCAGACCGCUGGUCGUUCCGCGUCAUCAACAUCCUGGCGUCCGUCUACAACUUCACGCCGGAGUACGUACCGUCGGCGAAUCCGAGCGGCGGCGUCCCUGACGCGGCCGGCGGCUGGGGAGGCCUCACCGGACAGCUACUCAGGGAGGAAGUGGACAUGACUGGAAACUUUCUGGUGUCAUCAACUGAACGUCUCGACUUAGUGUCCUUUGGCGAAACGAUCGGCUACUCCCAGAUUGGACUAUUAAUAGAAAGACCAAAGGCAGAAACAAGGGACGACUCGCUUCUCGCUCCAUUCAGCAACAAGGUCUGGAUCAUGAUCCUGAUCUCGAUGCUCGUCAUGGGCCCGUUGAUCUGGGGCAUCAUCCGCUUCCGUGUGUGGUUGGCGACGAGCGACAAACACCUGAACCGCAUCAUUCCGCUGGGCUCAUGCGUCUGGUUUGUAUACGGCGCGCUGAUGAAGCAGGGCUCCGUCCUCUCACCCGUCACAGACUCGUCUCGAAUGCUGUUCGCCACCUGGUGGAUCUUCAUCACGGUGGUAACGGCGUUCUACACUGCCAACCUGACGGCCUACAUGACCUUCUCCGAUCUGAAGAUUCCCGUCGACAGCAUUGACGACAUCGAUAGUAAUCAGAAGUCUUGGAUUGCGCCGCGAGGGGACAGCAUCCAGAUGUACGUCAACAGCUCCGACGUCCUCAUGGGGAUGAGAAGGGCCGGGAAGGGCUCCUUCAUCAGUCCCGACGAACCGGCGUCCAAGACUAUUGACAAAGUCCGCAGUUCAGCGUACGUCUACAUCGACGAGGUGUCCAAGCUGAACGCCAUGAUGAUGGCCGACUACUACUCCAGCAACCGCACCUGCCACGUGUAUGUGGUGCCCCUCAAGGAUGAGUACAUCAAGUACUCGCUAGCCGCGCCCAAGGGCUCGUCAUUCAACCAAGCCUUCGACCCUUUCGUUCACUGGCUCGUCAUGUCCGGCAUCGCCAACAAAUGGAAACGGGACGCGGAGGUGGACGCGGCUCCCUGCGCCAUCCCCAAGGGCAUCCAGGGCACCAAACUGAUGAACGAGGAGCUGCGCAUGAUCUACUACAUCCUGCUGACCUCCUACGGGUGCGGCGUGGCGCUGCUGAUGCUGGAGAUCGGCUGGGGCCGACUGGCGCGCCGCUGCGGCUCCUUCUCGCGCCAGGACGACGCCAACACGGUGCUGCAGCGGGUGCUGCGCCCGGACGGCGCCGGCGCCGGCAAGUCCGCCUGGGCCGUCACGCGCCCAGAUCAGAAACCCACCACCACCUACACUUACGGCAUGUCGAUGGACCGGGGCGCCGUGUCCACCUGGUCGACGGUGACGACGUCGCCGCCGCCGCCGCCGUCGUCGUCGUCGGCGCCCGUCGCCGGCGCCCGCUCAGACCGCGAGGUGUUGCAGGAGAUGCGCGACAGCAUCAAGUACGUCAACGGGCGGCCGUACCUGCUCGUCGGCACGGGGGACGGCGUGCGUCCGGUGCCCGUCACCGACGACAAGAACGAGGUGUUCGAGCGCAUCUUCCGCGAGCUGAAGGAGCGGCCGGGCAGUUCGCGGCUCAACGACCAGUUCGGCGACCUGUACUUACCCGAGAACCUGAUGCAUAAGUAGCGUGGCGCGGUGGCCGCGGCGACCGCGGCGGCUCGUGGUCCUGGUGGUAAAGUCAAACAGCUUGAGAGGAGAAAGGUUGUAGCUCUGGGAUCACGAGCCGUAUCGGGAUGAUACCGCCCCCUUCCCCCCCCCCCCCCCCCGGAUUCAUGAGUACCCAGGAAGACUGCAGACCCUCCGGUGGAUUUCCAUAUACGCAUGUCGUGGAACACUUAAAGCCGUCAAACCAAGUGGAAAAAUAGGACGGAUUGGAUGUAGAAAAUAAUGUUAGCACGGGAUAGGAUGGGACUUUUUCGGAAAACGUUGGGUGGCCUUCCCCAUGGGCCCACGUAGCCGUAAAGUUGUCACCACCUCUUCGAUGACCUUAAGACCGUCUGCUUAUUAUGUUUCACACUUCUGUCUUUUUUAGGCCCCCUCCCCUUCUCCCCUUGGUCACGCAGUGGCUACGCUGGGCGAAACACCCCUGUUCCCGUUGUUACGCUCUAACGCCAAAAAGGUAUUGUUCGUUUGGCUCCUAAUUGAGUUAGAUUUGCGAAAUAAAGACGGGCAUGGUGCCUGUCAUAAGAGGGAGCCAGCGCUUUCUGUCUUUACCGUCUUAAAACACUUUAAAAACUUCAGUAUGAUUUGUGACUGCACUUGAGGGUGGCUUUGCGUUAUCCGACCGUUCCCCUUGUAACACUGGUUACGCUCAACCAGACUCCUCUCCUUCUGCAUACGUCACGUGAUAUAUGAACGGCCUCUUAUGCGACGUCGAUCAAACUGACGUAACGCAUAUUUUGUGGCAAGCAAUAAUGCUAUGCAUCGUGACAAGAUCAAAAACACUUGUAGUUUUGUCUACGCACAUAAUACAACCGUAUGGCAUCAUGUUCUUUACGCGCAGUGCUAUGCAUGACUUCUCGUCCUCACAGUUCAGUUAUGUAUGCACAUCUAGACAACAAUGCCGUUGACAUUGACAAAAGAGCUAUUACCAACGGACAUGGAAGCCAUUUAAAAGCAUUGUAUUUCAACACAACAAAUUUGAAGGUUGUGCACAAAGCAUAUCACGUCACAAACAUGACAUAAUUGCUUAAUUACGAAAUGCACCAGCUCAGCGACAUCAGACGCCGUAUCAUGUUAAAAAGCG